AUGUUGUUCAAUCAAAACACUCUUCUCUCAUUGGCUUUGGCUAUUUCGCAAGUUGCUGCUGAGCCAAAACACUCGCACCCUUCUGUUGAAGGUAAGCAAGUCUCAAGUCUUUUCAAAAGAGCCGGUACCUGUUCUUUGCCAUCGACUGGUGGUAUCGUUGCAGUUCAGAAAGAUGGCCAAAACGCUGGGUGGGCUAUGCACAGUGACCAGACCUGUUCUUACGGCUCUUGGUGUCCAUAUGCUUGUCCACCAGGCCAACUGAUGAACCAAUGGGAUCCAUCUGUCACCUCCUACAGCUAUCCAGGUUCUCAAAAUGGUGGUUUGUACUGUAAUGAGAACGGUGAGCUCGAGGCCAAGAGAGACGGCUCCUACUGUGUGGAUGGUGCUGGUACCGUUGUUGCUAAGAACUUGGCUGGAAGCAACGUUGCCAUCUGUCAAACAGUCUUGCCUGGUAACGAGGAGAUGUUGAUCCCAACUGAUGUUGAUGGUAACUCUCAAAAGACCCUGGCUGUCCCAACGCCAGACUACUGGGCUGGUACUGCUGCCCAUUACUACAUCAAUGCCCCAGGUGUUUCUGUUGCUGAUGGAUGCAAAUGGGGUUCUGUUAACAAGGCAGAAGGAAACUGGGCUCCAUACGUUGCAGGCGCAAACCAAGAUAGUUCUGGUAACACAUAUGUCAAGAUUGGCUGGAACCCUAUUUAUCUUGAGUCUGCUACACCAUUCAGAAACACCAAGCCAACCUUUGGUAUUAGAAUCACAUGUCCAGACGGUGGCUGUAACGGUGCUCCAUGCGAGAUCGACCCAUCUCAAGGUGCUGUCAACGAUAUUACCACGGGAUCAUCCACUAGUGGUGCUGGUGGUGCUAACUUCUGUGUUGUGACUGCAUCCAAGGGUGUUACUGCUAACAUUGAAGUAUUCGAGGUUGGCUCUUCAAAGUCCAAGAGAGAUGAAGGUGAACAUCAACACCACCACCACGAGCAUAAGCCAUUGCAAACCACCUUGGAUAUCGUUUACACCACUGAAACUGUGAGUAACUAA